UGUCAUGAGGACUUGAAGAACAAAGGGACCUAGCUAAUAAUAGAACAGUGGUUACAGACGAACAGACAAACGAACAGACAACUUGGACAACAUGUGUGUCUGUUUGAUACUUAUCGUGAUAACAUUGUUCAAUCACUCGACUGCUAAUCACGAUUUGUCGUCUGAUUCCUGCUCGUAUGGAGACCAAAGAAGAUGCUCAGACUCUGUACAGUGUAUUUACGAGAGUAUGGUGUGUGAUGGGAUAAAGGAUUGUAAAGAUGGGACCGAUGAAGCUGACUGUGAAGAUUACACAUGUUCGAACGACCGGUUUAAGUGUAGUGACGGUGAGAAUUGUAUUUAUGAAGAUGAGAGGUGUGACGGCUAUCCACAGUGUUCUGACCAGUCAGACGAACAAAACUGCGGAGAACAGCAAAAGGGGAAAUGCUGUAAGCGUUCUGAGGGACCUGACCAGUUGUCAUGGUUACAAAAGAAGAGUGCUGGGGAACCGGACCAGUUGUCAUGGUUACAAAAGAAGAGUGCUGGGGAACCGGACCAGUUGUCAUGGUUACAAAAGAAGAGUGCUGGGGAACCGGACCAGUUGUCAUGGUUACAAAAGAAGAGUGCUGGGGAACCGGACCAGUUGUCAUGGCAACAAGAUGAGAAUGCUCAGGAACAUACUCAGUGCUGUGAAGAGGAUCACUUUUGUUGCGGUACUAUCUGCUGUCAGGAAGGUGGUGAGUGUAAGUACGACCAGAAUGAUGAACUAUUCUGUGAAAGUGAACAACACUUCCUGCACUGUCUCAUCUCACUACUUGUGUACUGGAUACUGUCCCUUACUAGCUACCUCAUUCUACGGUGCAUGUUGAAGAGUUUUACACGUAGAACUGUAUUACCUAUGCGGAUAGCUGUCGUGCAAUAAAAACACUUAUUUUUUGCUAUUCUAAGUUCUCAUUGAUUAUGUUGAUUUUGAUGUUUGUAACGAAUAGAUAUAGCAAAUUAAAAGUUUUA